CGGGCUCAGUUGUAGCCGGGAUAGUAUCAGACACAGACACAGAGCUCUUCUCACAGUGACCUGACGACAUGGAUGUCAAACUGCUGCCGCUCGUGGCACUGCUGCUCCUGGCCACCCACACGCCGCUGACCACUGCGAAGCCCAUCAGCCUGGUAGAGCGCUGCUGGUGCCGCUCCACUCUGAACACGGUCCCACAGAGGAGCAUCAGAGAGCUCAAGUUUCUGCAUACACCCAACUGCCCCUUUCAAGUCAUAGCCAAGCUUAAGAACAACAGGGAAGUGUGCAUCAACCCGGAGACCAAGUGGCUUCAGCAGUACUUAAAGAAUGCCAUUAACAAAGUGAAGAAGUCCAGAAGACGCAACAACAAGAAGCUGUAACUUCUGACAGCCUAGUGCGUCGGCCAUGGUUACUCCAGGGUGAACCCUAUAUACCUCCUCCUCCUUAUCACUGCUAUGGAUGUAUUUAAACAUGCUGUAUGCACCACCACCUCUCUGCUGGACUGCCUUCAAAACAGCACUUCAACAUCAAACUCCACCACCCACAGUCUUAACUCAAGUCUAACUGUGAACCAUGAAGAGACCUAAAAAUGCUAUGUACAGCUACAAAAGCAUGGGGUGUGACUGUUAGCAUCUGAACAUGCGACAUGAUGAAUGGUUAUGCCAUUAAAUGUAUAGUUGAUUUUUUUUCUGCCAUUUCUGUGUAUUUUGAUGGAAGUCUAGUUGAAAACAGUUUAGGUUACUGUUUUUUGUAGGUUUUUUGUUUUGUUUUUGUUUUUCCAGGCUAGGGACCAAUUCAAAGAGUGUAACGCCUAAUAUUGUUUUCAUACUAAAAGACAUGCACCACUAGAGGCAUGACUGCCCAGUGGAGCUCAGCAGUGACCCCACUCCCCCACCCCAUGGUUCCAGAACUAAAUUUCCCAUUCAUUUUUUCUCAUAUACUUUCCAGGAAAAAAAA